AUGGCGGAUGUGCGGGGGAAACCCCCACCAGAGCAGCCUGGAGAUAAACUUUCAGAAACUGGUGAAGUCCAGCGCAAGGAGGUUUGCCGCUGGCCGUGCCGCUGCCCGCCGGUGCCAGCCUGCACCCCUGGGGUCAGCCUGGUGAAGGAUGGCUGUGGCUGCUGUAAGGUCUGUGCCAAGCAGGCAGGAGAGCCCUGCAAUGAAGCAGAUGUCUGUGAUCCCCACAAAGGGCUCUACUGUGACUACUCAGAAGACAAGCCUAGGUAUGAAACAGGCGUGUGUGCAUAUCUGGUAGCUGUAGGAUGUGAGCUCAAUGGAGUUUAUUACACCAACGGGCAGACCUUUCAGCCCAACCGGCUUUAUAAGUGCCUGUGUGUCAGUGGUACAAUUGGAUGUACCCCAGCAUUCACACCAAGAUUAACAGGAAGCACCUGUGCCCAGGUCUCAGGCAGAAAGAAGCCAGGACAAUCCAUCUGUGGCCUGGGACAGCACAAGCAACUUCAAUCAACCAACUACAGACUGAUGUCAGCUUACAGAAGCUUACCACUAGUUUUGAAGAAAAAGUGCCUCAUACAGGCAACUCCCUGGACACCCUGUUCCAGGACCUGUGGCAUAGGCAUAUCCAGCAGAGUGACCAACGACAACAGAAAAUGUGAAAUGAAAAAAGAAAAGAGAUUAUGCUUCAUCCAGCCUUGUCUGACCAAUAUGCUGAAGAAAAUAAAGAUUCCAAAGGGAAAAACAUGCCAACCAACUUUCCAGCUUCCAACAGCAGAGAAGCUAGUUUUUUCUGGAUGCUCAACUACUCAAAGAUAUAAACUAACUUUCUGUGGUGUAUGCUUGGACAAGAGGUGCUGCAUUCCUAACAAGUCCAAAAUGAUCACUGUACAGUUUGAGUGUCCCAACGAAGGCUUCUUCAGGUGGAAGAUGAUGUGGAUAACAUCGUGUGUGUGCCAGAGGAUUUGCAGUGCUCCAGGAGAUAUAUUUUCCCAACUCAAACUCCUAUGACAAAUUGCACCAUUGACUGUAACACAGGGAGUGCAACAGCACAUUCACACCCUGAAGAGGCAGCUGCCUGACUCCCUGCCACAGCAGUGUUUAUCAUGAAACUGCAGAAGUGAAUAUUCACUCAUUUAUUAACUAGCACCUGUAAAA